UUUGAAUGAUAAACUCAUUAUACUCGAAAUAACAUGUAAUAUUUGUUAUAUACAGUUUAAACAGGACUGGUGUUUUUAGAAAAUUAUCUUCCUGCUGGAGAAGAAAAAAUUAAAGUCGAAUAAGUAUAUAUUUUUUUAAUUCAGUUGGAAGAAAAAGUAAAUAAAAUAGAACCCUAGGGUCUGUUAAGAAGAAAUGCGCACGCAUCGGAACGAAAAAGGGCGUAAGUGGGCGAAUGUGCGCUAGGGUUGGCCUAGAGCCUACGAUCAAUAGUGACACUGACGUCAAUGUAGUGUCGUCCGCCAUUGGCCCGCACGGCAUUAUUAAAUAAACCUCCGGGGCGAGAGGAGUCGCGCCGCGGGCACAGCACCGCAUCAGGCGGCGGGCCCGCGCACGCUCGCGGCUCGCCGCGCCCGCCAUGGACGACAUGCCGGACCUGUCGCAUCUCACGCCCGAGGAGCGCGCCAUCAUCGAAGGGGUCAUCAUGCGCCAGCGACAGGAGGAACAGCGGGAGCACGAGAUUAUGAGACGGAAACAAGAUGAGGUCGCAGUAUUGGAGCAGACCAUUCGUACGAGGAAUGAAAUGCAGCGGGCAGCUGGCGUUGAAUUAGCCGCCACUUGUCACAUCUGUUUAAAAACAAAAUUCGCAGACGGCGUCGGUCACUCCUGCCAUUACUGCAGAGUGAGGUGCUGCGCUCGAUGUGGUGGCAAGGUCACAUUAAGGUCGAAUAAGGUUAUAUGGGUUUGCAUUCUCUGUCGCAAAAAACAAGAACUUUUAUCAAAAACUGGCCAGUGGAUACACAAGAGCGCUGGGCAGGACUCAAUGUUAUGGCGGAUGGAAUCCGAUAUGCGAGGUCUUCCGCCACAGGUUGAAACUUCUUUAGACAAGCGACCAAAGUUAGAAAGAGCACAUAGUGCCGCAGAAAAAGAGAAUCAACCUUUACAGAGAUCAGGCAGUGCUCUCCGACGACAGUACAGUCAGCAAGAGGCACGCUAUUACGGGGAGUUAGAGGGGCUCGCUCGAACCCAUCCACAUCUAGUUCAUCCCAGACAAAAGGCAGCAUACGGAGUGGAAGACACAGCCAUGGUCCCACCGCCGCAGCCGUCACAGCUGUUGCCGUUGCCUCACCUGGCUGGUGGUCAUCCACCGCUGCCUCCUCGCUCAUCGUCAUCGGACGACGAGGUACCGGAGUGCGUAUCGGAUGAGAACGACGAGUACCGAGACCGUGGACAACUCGAGGCGUGUUCAUCGCUGCGGCAUCCACAACUUCGUAGCUCCACUGUGGCUGCCAACAAUUAUUACAAUUUGACUAAUCAUUCACCGGCGUCAUACUUGCCGGAGGCGCGCGGAGCGUUCGAUCCGUCGAGGUCGGCGCCGGCGGGUGGCCGUAGCUUCGACUCGGUGACAGACUGUCGGUGGCGCGCCCGUGACGACGGCGAGGGUUCGUACUUGCGACCCUACGUGCCCGAUGGGGUCCCGCGUCCCGAUCGUGCCAUUUAUAAGAGUGCUUACUUGUGGGAGGAUUCCUCCGAUAACAGACGUUUCACGGAGAGGAGAAAAAAAACUGUUCGCUUCGAUGGGCACGAGGGGGCCGCGACGUUUCCUCGCGGUGGUCGUGACGCGUCCGGCGCGCCCAACGACUGGGCCUCCCUGCGCUGGGAGUCCGAGAGACAAACCAGCCAGGACUCGGCCACCAAAGACUCAGGCAUCGAUACCUCUAGCACUUUUACUUCCAGUGAAGACUCGAACAGGGGCGAUUGCCCUAAGUUCCCAUUGAGCUGGCAAGUUUCUUCUGACGGCACGCGUAUGGUGGGUCAUAUGGUUCUACGGAAAAGCGUUGUGGAGGGUAGUUCCCAUUCAUCGGCAGCUAUUCUUGGACUAAAAGUAGUAGGGGGAAAGAUGUUACCAGAUGGCACACGGGGUGCCAUUGUUGAAAAAGUCAAGAAAGGGUCAAUUGCAGAUUUAGAAGGACAACUUAGAAUAGGUGAUGAGGUGCUACAGUGGAAUGGGGUUCCGCUGCAGGGUCGUAGCGCGGAAGAGGUUGCUUUAGUUGUUGCUAAUAGUAAACACGACUCCCACGUGGAGCUAGUGGUGUCGCGACCGCUGGCUCCUUCGCGUGUACCAGCUCAGUCCUGGCGUGCACAUAAAGAAGUGUAUACCGAAAUUAUGGGAGGGUGUGAGAAGCCUAGCGUACUGGUGACUUCUCCCGGGUCCCCUGACAUGCACUCUCGAAGACGUUCAGGAAGGCACAACGCUCAUAACGUCAGUGUGGCUGGACGGAUACAGCUUAAAGUCUAUUUCGAUAUUGCGGCUCUUCAGUUAUUAGUGACCGUGGUAUCAGCGAGUAAUCUUAGCCCUCGUAUAGACGGUUCUCCUAGAUGUCCCUAUGCAAAGAUAUUUCUUCUGCCCGAUAAAAGCGAGAAAAGUAAACGACGAACAAAAACUCUAGCAAACACUCUAGAACCGAGGUGGAACCAGACGUUUGUAUAUUGUGGAAUCCGAAUAACAGAUCUGAAAAAGAGAACAUUAGAGGUAACAGUAUGGGACUUAAAUCGUUACGGACCAAAUGAUUUUCUGGGUGAAGUGCUUUUGGAUCUCGACAGCGUUAUGAUGAAUCAUGAGCCAAACUGGUAUAUACUGAAACCACACGAAGACCUGGGUAAUUACAGCCGAUACCCUGAUGAGGAGGUGGACGGGGAGCACCUCUCUCCUCCAUCAACCUCGACGUCCCGUCUGUCGGACUCAGACACUCCUAGCGAGUGCGACCUCCGCAGACACCAUUCAUUGUCCAGCCUCGCCUCCAGCUCGAGUCCGCCGCCAACUCACGAGAUCGAAGGCACACGAUGUAGUAGACGCGAUAUGUCGCCAGCCGGUCGGGUGAGGACUGCCGGCAUGUCAAGAGAACGAAGUGGUUACGUGGCACGUUCGCAGUCAGCGGCGGGAGGGCGCAGUGUGUCUCCUAGACGUUCUCUAUCCCCGCCAGCCUCCGCCCCGCGCUACACAGUGUGUGAAGAGCGCGAGGGGUCUAGGCUGCCGACACACGCGUACGCCCCGCGGUUCCAGUCGCGGUCUGCCACCGCCACCCCCACCACCAGCCCCAAGAAGAGACAACUGCCGCAAAUCCCACACCAGCAGAGUGGCCAGAGGGCAAUGCGCGCUCAAGUGUCCGCGGAUCUUGAAGAACGUAAGUGGAUCGCUCCGCACCACAUUGGCGCCACACUCACCUACCGCAGCACGCCACAAGGAUGGGAGAGGCAUUACGCAGGGUUGUCUGAUUCUGAGCUUGCUGCUCGUGGAGGCAGCUGGGCGCCUCGACGCCGGCUGUCUCCAGAUGCUACAGCUGCUGACUCAGACCUGGAAUCAGUAGCGUCGGUCACAUCCAGCGCUUUCAGCACGCAGUCCGAACGACCGCGACCAACCAGGAUGCUCAGGUACCACCAGCAAGAUAUAUACGGACAAGUAUUCAAUACAAAUAAAUAUUUUAUAUCAUCAUUUUACCUUACACAACGUAUCAUUGAAUCAUUAUCACUAUAUCUUUGUCAUAUAAAUUUGAUACAGAACACGUUAUAUGAUUUGCAUGUGAACUCUAUUGGUUGCUUCCAUGCUUUCCAGCCGGAUGCAAACGCUUCCUGUUGACAGCACUUUUACCUUCCGCAAUAGCUUUACCCCUGCGUCUAUUUGUCAUUAUGAUGAGGCGACGGGCGGGGAAAUAGAUAUUGAAAGUAGCGAUAUAUGUUUUCCUUACGAAUCAUCUAUUUUACAAACUUCUAACACGACUCUACCUGCCCGUCGUCUUCGUCGUAUAUUAAGUCGCAGUUUGUCCGCUGGUAGUAACACAAAACAUUAUAAACUAUUUCCUGAAUAUCAAAAAAGGAACACUUUUUCUGACGAUGAUGACAGCUGCCUUGAUAAUACAGUGGACGAAACAUCAGAAUCAGAUAUCUCAUUUACAAAACCUUCACAGAAAUAUUUCAUGAAACAUAAAUUAAAAAAACAAUCUAGCCUUCCAUUUAACUAUUUUAGAGAUACUGAUUAUAAAGAAAGAAAUAAUCUAAGGUUAAAAAUUAUACCAAGCUUAAGAGAACGUUUUAAAAAAUAUCAGAGUCAUAACUUCUCUAGUAUACCCUAUUUAGAACUUAACAAGUCUAUAUUUGAGAAACAACUAGAUGUAUUGAACCAAAAAUCCCUUGAAACUAUAGAUGACGAGGUAAAUCAUUAUCAUUGCUAUGGAUACGCUAGUGAUGAUAGUAUUGCUGAAACCACAAUUCACGUAGACAUAGACAAAUCAAUGCGAGAUAAUAAACAUGAUCACAAUACUCCUGAAGAAUUGAAUUCAUUCAAUGUAGACCUUCCCAAACAUGGCAUCCGUAAUUUAUAUGCAAACAAAGAACGAAAAAAAGAUUUGUUCUUAAACUUUAGAUCAUAUAAUAAGCAAAGGGGUUAUCAUUUAAUGCCUUUACAUGAUACAAAAAUUGAUAAUUAUCACGACGAUAAAGAAUAUUUAGAGCGUGAAACGAAGAGAAUUGGACAUGUUGAUAAAUUUAAAAGCCACAAAAUUCGUAAGGUUAAUUUAAAUUCUUCAGUAAGUGAACGAAGUCCUGUCAUCUCAUACAAGACAGAUGUUGGUAAUCCAUUUAAAAAUAUCGGAUCAGACCAUACCAAGGCUAAAACAAAAACUUAUAGCCAUUAUAAAUUAGAAAAGGAUAAUAAUGAACAAUGUCAAAUCGAGGUCGUCCCCCGUUCAAUACCAAAAAAUAGACGUGAAAUAGAGUCAUAUCACACCAGAAACGCUCAUAGUCCACUAAAUCCUUUAGACGCAAAUAAUCAUUUAGAUUCUGUGACUAGUAAAAUGGCUAAUGAUUUGUCUGUCGGUCUAUCUCCCACGAACCUCGGCUCGUCUUGUGGUGUGCUUGCAUCCGUCGCCCCGCACCUACCACCCGUCGACACUUACCACUCCACAACUACCGAACAACUGAUGUCUCAUCAUACAU